AUGAGGCGACUGAAUCGGAGGAAAACCUUAAGUUUGGUGAAAGAGUUGGAUGCCUUUCCAAAGGUUCCUGAGAGCUAUGUGGAGACUUCAGCCAGUGGGGGUACAGUUUCUCUAAUAGCAUUUACCACUAUGGCUUUAUUAACUAUAAUGGAAUUUUCAGUAUAUCAAGAUACAUGGAUGAAGUAUGAAUAUGAAGUAGACAAGGAUUUUUCUAGCAAAUUGAGAAUCAAUAUAGAUAUUACUGUUGCCAUGAAGUGUCAAUAUGUUGGAGCAGAUGUAUUGGAUUUAGCAGAAACAAUGGUUGCAUCUGCAGAUGGUCUAGUUUAUGAACCAGCAAUAUUUGAUCUUUCACCACAGCAAAGAGAGUGGCAGAGGAUGCUACAGCUGAUUCAGAGUAGACUGCAAGAAGAACAUUCUCUUCAAGAUGUGAUAUUUAAAAGUGCUUUUAAAAGUGCAUCAACAGCACUUCCACCAAGGGAAGAUGAUUCGUCACAGCCUCCAGAUGCUUGCAGAAUUCGUGGUCAUCUGUAUGUCAAUAAAGUAGCAGGGAAUUUUCACAUAACUGUGGGCAAGGCAAUUCCACAUCCCCGAGGUCAUGCACACUUGGCAGCACUUGUCAACCAUGACUCUUACAACUUUUCUCACAGAAUAGAUCAUUUGUCUUUUGGAGAACUUGUUCCAGGAAUUAUUAAUCCUUUAGAUGGAACUGAAAAAAUUGCAUUAGAUCACAAUCAGAUGUUUCAAUAUUUUAUUACAAUUGUGCCAACAAAAUUACAUACAUAUAAAAUUUCAGCAGACACCCAUCAGUUUGCCGUGACAGAAAGGGAACGUGUUAUUAACCAUGCUGCGGGCAGCCAUGGAGUCUCUGGGAUUUUUAUGAAAUAUGAUCUCAGCUCUCUUAUGGUGACAGUUACCGAGGAGCAUAUGCCUUUCUGGCAGUUUUUUGUAAGACUUUGUGGUAUUGUUGGAGGAAUCUUUUCAACAACAGGCAUGUUACAUGGAAUUGGCAAAUUUAUAGUUGAAAUAAUUUACUGUCGUUUCAGACUUGGAGCCUACAAACCUGUCAGUUCUGUUCCCUUUGAAGAUGGCCACACGGACAACCACGUACCUCUUUUAGAAAAUAAUACACAUUAG